GGGCAUCUCGUGGCGACAUUUUUCAAGCAUAGGUAAAAUCCGUCUGCUUCAUCUUAAUCUUUUCCGUGACCCCAACUUGGCAACUUCACAGCACAUCCACAUGUUCAAAUUUGUAACAGUUGGAAAACUUAAUAGCACUUUCUUCAUGCUUUUAUGAACUACAAGUUUCACGAUUGUCACAAUGGGAAAAACUACAAAACUCAAAGAGAGACAGGUUUCAGAAGAACCUACUCCUCCAGCUUCUUCAGACAGCGAGGAAGAAGAGUUCAUUGUUGAAAAAAUCCUGGAUCGUAGAGAAAGAAAAGGUGUAGUUGAAUAUCUCUUGAAAUGGAAAGGUUAUGAUGAUAAAGACAAUUCCUGGGAACCUGAGGAAAACUUGGAUUGUCCUGCCUUAAUUUCACUAUUUUUAAAUAAGAGGAAGGAAGAGGAAAAGGAAAGAAAAAAAGAAGUUGAGAAGUUGUUAUUUACUUCCUACAGUACCAAGGAGAGAAAACGUCCUGAUGUGGUUGAAACUGACUCUAGUAACAAGGAAAAACAAAAAAAGAAAGAUAAUGAAAGACUCGACAAAAUCACUUCUAAGAACGCUGAACGUUUUGCUAACUAUCUUCUCAAGAACAAACAUGCACGAGAGAAAGAAAAUCGCAAUAUUGAGCCUAGAGAAGAAAAGAAAACCACAAAGAAAAAAGAGAAAACUGUUGAGAGUGACGAUGAACCUUAUGGAUUCGAUCGAAAUCUUGAAUCAGAGAAGAUUGUAGGUGCUACUGACUCUACGGGGGAACUUUGGUUUCUCAUCAAAUGGAAAUCCAGACAUACACCUGAAUUAGUUCCGGCUUGCGAAGCUAACAUAAAAUGUCCGCAAAUCGUAAUCAAAUUCUAUGAAGAGCGCCUGCAGAUCCGAACCGGAAAAAUGGGCGAAGAAGAUUCAAGUUAAAGACUCAGGUCAAGUCAAGAAUCUCGAUUGGGCACAUGAAGCUGGAUUGAUGCUAUUUGUCCAUGUUGCCCUCUCCCCUCUGUUCUUUAGGAACUUUAAUAUUUUCUGUGCGGUUAUUUCGUUAUUACCUUAAUCCAGAUAUUUUCCUUAUUUGAAUUUUCUGCCGUCUAGCAAAAACAAAGAACUGACUUGUGUAAAUUUGCAUGUAUCUUCUUUUUUUCUGGUACACAGUUUGAUUGCUGA